GGCUCAGAGAGAGACCCUGAUCGGUCAUUCAAAGUGGAUGUGUGUUUUUCUUUUUUUUAGACAAAACCUGAUCAGGUAAAAGAGGCGGAAUGAAGAGCAUCGGGGAACCCAAACGUGUAGGAUGUAAAUAAUCGGAGACAAAGAAUUGGAUGGUCUACAAUGGCUGAGAGAUGUGCAUGGAUGGACGCUAGUCUGCUUCAGUACAACAUUCCUGGUUACAGAGAAGGAGGAUAAAAUACAUCGAUUCAAAAAUAUGGCCUGGUUUAUUAUUCAAUCUCCUGAAAGUUAAACGCUCCCUCAUUUCCAAUCUGUUUACAGGACUGGAGUCAUUGCAACAGUUCCUCUCUCCUCCACCACCAUCCCUCCCGACAUCUGGUUUCGGCGCAUCAAUCUUCAAGCUGUUAUUGGGCUGAGCGGCCGGGGGGCCUGAAGACGUCGUGUCGCUCUGGGACGCGGAGGAAAGGGCGAUUGUUCCCAGGACCGGCAACGGGCGGUGUACCCAAUGGCGGGGAAGGCGCGAUAUUUAAUCUUUUUCCAGUAUUGUGGCACUCGGUACAGAUACUAUAUUUCACUCUUUACAGUGGAGUAAUGAAGUCUCCUUCACAUCAACCAAUUCUUGGGGUUCAGAAUUAUUUGGAGAAUGCGGUGCAGAAGCUCCGGCCGGUCAAUGAAGUCGAUAUCUCGAUCUCCAGUCGUACUGAUAGUGGUGUCCAUGCCUUGUGUAAUUCUGCUCACCUCGAUAUUCAGAGAAAGGAAGGAAAGCCACCAUUUUCAGCGGAGCUCCUUGUUGAUGCACUGAACUUCCAUUUGAAACCCGAGCCGAUCAGCGUCAUAAAAGCUUUUCGAGUGGCUGAUAAUUUCAAUGCUCGAUUCAGGGCUCUAUCUCGGACAUAUGUGUACCGCCUUGUGACAGGGUGCUGGCACCGUUCUCAACUUCCAGUAUUUGAAAGGAAUCUUUGCUGGCCGGUGCAUAAUAUACCUUUAAACGUAGACAUCAUGAAAGAGGCUGCACAGAUCCUGCUGGGCACACAUGACUUCAGCACCUUCCGCUCCUUAAACUCAGAGACUCCCUUCAAAUCACCUCUGAAAACAUUGCUUCAGGUGGACAUAAUACCUGGUUUCAGCAUAUCUCUGCAGCAGGACUUCCACAGCCACCUGAAGUUUUGGGAACUGACCUUCAAGAGCAGGUCCUUCCUCUACAAACAGGUGAGGAGAAUGACAGGGGCUCUAGUAGCAGUGGGGCAGGGAAAGCUAAUGCCCCGGCAUAUUGCGGAUCUGCUCGAGAUGCGGGAUUCCAGGGCUUACCCACCAAAUAUUAUAGCCCCACCUGAUGGCCUGUUUUUGAAGAAUGUGGAAUACAACACAAAGGAUCUUGAAGUGGAAGAAAGUGUAAUUCAGUGAUUGUGGACGGGUCUGUGGAUUUGGUACGGUAUCUUGGAACAGACUUUAGGCUCCAAAUCAGCUGAGAAAUGGGGAAAAAAGACUUGCAUUUAAAUUGCAUUUUUCACAAUCUCCAGAAGUCUUGAACUGCUUUACAGCUAAACAUUUUUGAAGUGCAGCCACCGUUGUAAUGUUGGAAAUGUGGCAGCUAAUUUGUGCUCAGCCUUGCUUCACAAACAGAUUUGUGAUAAUGGCCAAAUAACCUGUACUUUUGUGGUGUUGAUUGAGGGAAAAAUAUUGGGAAGAACUUGCUUCUCAGCUGCUAUUGGAUCUUUCCCAUUAAUCUGAGAGAUUGAAUUGGACGUCAGUCUAAUGUCACUUCUAACAGAUGACACGUGAUUAUGCAGCACACCGUCAGUAAUGUAAUUUUCGACGUUUUGUUGAACCUCUGGAGUGACAUUUGAAUGCGAGGCGACUGUAACCAAUGGACCCAGACCUGGCACUCAAAAAUGACAAUUAUUGACAAGAAGAAUUGGGUUAAUGGUGUAAAAGACUUGUGCAUAUUGUGUCAACAAUCCCAAAUAUGUUACAAACUGUGUAGAAACAACAUUUUGGAUAAAGACCAUUUUUUAAUUAAA